AAACGUAUAUAUAAAAAUCCUUCAUCAGCUCAACUCUGCCAUUCUCCAAAUCAAAAUCUUCUGUCUUAGCUCUUUUCUCUCUCGUUUCUCUCUGCAAAUUGAAUUCCAUUUUCGUUAUAAAUCCGAUCAAACAAGGCAUAAUCCAGACCUAAUCUCUCUCCCUCACUCUCUCCAAAGUGAAAACCAGAAGAAAGAGAAAGGAAAAUAAUAGUUGGGAAGGGAACUUUUGAAUUAUAUUUUCCCUUUUUCAUUUCAUGUUCUUGUAAUUAAUCAAAACAAGUAAUUUCCAGCGAAAGAUUGAGUCUUUCAAACCGUUUAUAAAUAAAAUUUUGAAUUGGUGAUUUGGGUUGUUCUAGGGUUUUCUGGGAUUUUUGGGCUAUGAGGAUAAACGGAGAAAUUUCUCCCCAAGAAGAUGAAGAGAUAGGGGAGGUGAAAACGACGCCGUUGUCCGUUCAACAGCUGCAGAAACUGGUGGUUGUUGGAUACGCCUUGACGUCAAAGAAGAGAAAGAGUUUCUUGCAGCCUAAGCUUGAAGUAUUGGCCAGGAACAAAGGGAUACUGUUCGUAGCUAUUGAUCUAAAUAGACCAUUGUCAGAUCAAGGUCCUUUUGAUGUUAUCUUACAUAAGUUGUCAGGAAAAGGCUGGUGUGAUGCUAUUGAGGAUUACCAGCAAAAACAUCCUGAAGUAGUUGUACUUGAUCCUCCGGAUGCAAUAGAAAAUCUACACAAUCGCCAGUCCAUGCUUCAGGAUGUAGCGGACCUUGACUUGUCUGACUGCCAAGGCAAGGUUUGUGUUCCAAGGCAAACGGUUGUUAACAAAGAUCCAUUGUCCAUUCCCCAUGAAGUUAUGAAAGCUGGAUUAAAGUUGCCACUGGUUGCAAAACCGCUGGUAGUGGAUGGAACUGCUAAGUCGCAUGAAUUGUUUCUCGCAUAUGACGAAUUCUCUCUGUCUGAACUUGAACCUCCCUUGGUUCUACAAGAGUUCGUUAAUCAUGGUGGUGUUCUCUUUAAGAUUUAUAUUGUUGGUGAAGCUAUAAAGGUAGUUCGGCGUUUCUCUCUACCUAAUAUCAGUAAGCGUGAGCUAGCAAAAGUUGCAGGUGUGUUCCGUUUUCCGAGAGUUUCAUCUGCUGCUGCUUCUGCAGAUGAUGCAGAUUUGGACCCUUCUGUUGGUGAGCUUCCUCCGCGUUCUUUGUUGGAGAGGCUAGCAAGGGAGCUUCGUCUUCGACUGGGCCUUCAAUUGUUCAACAUAGAUAUGAUUCGUGAGCAUGGGACUAAAGAUGUCUUCUACGUGAUUGACAUCAACUACUUUCCUGGUUAUGGGAAAAUUCCGGAUUACGAGCAUACUUUUACCGAUUUCCUGGUGGGCCUGGUGCAGAGCAAAUAUAGAAAGAGACCCACUACUUGAAAUAUGCAUACCCUUGUAUAUGAAUGUUCCUUGCAGGUCUCUUGGAAAAUUGAAGACAAUUUAAACUUAACUCCCUGUAAUUACUGAAUGGCAAAACUGAGCAAAUCCCAGGAGUCCCAUGUAUCCAGAAGAACUUCCAUUUGAGACAAAUCAGAACUUUACCUUGUAUGAGUUACUCAACUCGAUCGUCAUCUCUGUUGGAACUUGAGAUCUAUCACAUUAUUCAAUAAUUGAUCAUUGAUCAAGUAGAAUUAUAGUUAACCGUGUCAAUUGUCAGCCUUAAUUCUUUUGUUCUUUUUUUUUACUUCCCUAUCUCAAGUUAACAUGAUUUGUCUUGAUUUUUAAUUAUUGAGAGAACAUUUAUAUGGAUUUUUAUUUA